UGCAACUCAGUGAAAUGCUUUGCUGACAGAAAAACAAAAACACACCUGACAGAAAGAAAGAGUAGGAAUAUAAAGCCAAUUAUACUAAUUUAUAAGAUCACUUUACUCAACAAACUAUGAUUGCAAGCUUGAAAUAGUCCAUGAUUUCUUAAAAUAUUGUUUUAUUAAUUGUGCUUGCUUUUUUAUUAUUACGAUGAUGGACUACUUGUGACCUAAAACCAGACCUAAACAUUGUGCUUGUGAAGUCCAAUUAAUGUGCUGUCAGUAGCAAGUCAGGUACAAAGUGCAGAAGAUGUUUUGAAGCUUUUCUCUGAGGUUAUGGCAAUUUUAGUUUUAUUCUGUACCCGGGGGAGUGUGGUUGGCAUGUUGGCAAAAAAACCUACAGCAUGUAGAAUCCAGUUGCUGCUGUGUCUGAGGAGGCUUUUAGAAGUUUUAGAUAAUCCUCUUCACAUUCUUGAAUUCCCAGUCAAACAAUAUAGGGCAGGUUUUUAGAUGUUUCUUGUGAUUUCAUCUAAAAGUGCAGCUACGAAUCACAUGUAGAUGGUGAGAUAAUAUAAUCUGUUAAUUCAUGAAUGAGUCCGAGUCCCAGCUGAGUGCUCAUUGCUGAGGGCAAUAGUUAGGAGUUUGAUCUGGACAAAGAAAACUGUAGGUUAAGGUCUGUAGUGACGUGUGAGGGGGAAAACACAUCUUGGAGCUGAAGGGAGCUGAGCUCUGUGGGCAGUGCUGGAGCCUCGUGGCCAGGAGGUCUCAGAGGCUUCAGAAGUGGCUGCAAUUUCCCCAGCCCCGUGACAGGACCAAACAGUGUGGUUGUUUCCAGGGGGCUGAUCAGGAUGUGUGUCUGUCAUCACAGCUAACAACUGCUUAUUUUUUCAGGAUCAUGAAUUAGCAGCCUCUCCUGUUUGUGUAUACUGUUUAGAUAUUGUUAUACUAGGGAACAACUGCUGGAGUUGAAAUUUCUGAAAUGCAAGAAAGAUGCACAUGAAAACUGUGACACUGAUCCUGUCUGUUCUGCAGAGACAGCAGCCAUAGUUCUUUCCAAAUUUGGAAACUGUCUUCAUGGCUUUUUUACUCUCUCUUCUCGACUCUCCUAGAUCAUAUUGCUCCACCCUUUCCUUUAGAGGAAAUUAACUCAUGCUUAAUUACCUUUCUGCUAAUUACAUGCCUGGAUGUUUGGGUUACACAUUAAUCAUUCUAUUUCAACACUUACAUGGCUCUUUAAAAAUGUUGUGGCAUUUGGGUCAGUGGUUGCUCUUUGGAAUAAAUACAGAUUAAAUUAAGGACACAGUUGAAGUUUCAUUCACUUUUAGGUGGAACUUGCUGCUCUUUGGAUCUGAAGUCUGGGGUACUAUUCAGGCACCUGUGAAAUGUAAAACAGCAACAGUUACUGUAAGAAUUGUGAGUUUGGAGACUUUCCCAGGUUUCCUUCUUUUCUUGCUCUAAAACCCCAUGCCUGGGGAUGGCCAUUAGUGACCAGUUUCAGUGCAUGAUACUGCAUCAGACAUUGCAGGCACUCUUUGGAGCACACUGGUUUUUUUUAAUGAGAAGAAUUAGUGCAAGUUGUUUGUUAAAUGCUACGAAGAUUUGAAGAGCCAAAUCCUGUUCUCUUCAGUCUGGUGAAAGGACUGGUGGAAGUUGUUGCUAAGAGUUGUGCCAAGAUCUUUUCGAGAAGAUUCUUGAUUUCAGGAAGCAGAGUAAGAUAAAGAGAUGAGAGUAAAAAUACCCACAAAACAAAACCAGCCCAACUGAAAGCAGAAGGAGGGGUUACAACAUCGGGAGACUUGCUUUUUGUUCAUAGGCAGAAAUGUGCAGGGCUGAAAUAAGCUUCCCAGAAGUCCAAGGCAGUUCCACACUUCUGCCAGCCUGCCUGUUUCAAGUCUGUUAUGUGAAAUCUUGUCCUGGUCUGAGGUUUGUUUAAUGAACUUGGGUACAGCUACAGAACAAUCUUAUAAGGCCACUGCUUUAAUUUCCAGGCUUAACAUGCAGAGUUAUUUAGAAAUUGUUUUUCGUAGCUUGUAAUAAUUUACUUGCAAUUACCUCUUACUAAAGGUGUCUGUAGUCUGAUUAAAUGAGACUCCUUUCUACUCACCUUGGGUAUGUGAGCUUUUUUAACCAGCUCUUCCAUCAAAGGUGACCUCAGCAAUUCAGGACUAAUAAAUAGUUGAUGAAAGGUCCCUAUCUUGUGGCGUGGCAGCGAUGGAGCCUGCAGUGACAAGAUGGGUGUCUGCUUACCCAGUCCCUGGGAAGUACCACAGGGAUCUGUUUGAGAGGAGCAAGAAAAGAGGCCUGGGGUGUCUGAAGUCGUAACAAAUUUGUACUGCUUCUAAACCUUGUUUCACAGACAGUGCUUUUCCUGAAGCCAGGGCUGUGUCUGCAGUCUUUAGGAACGCCAGUGUGUUGUGGAAGUGAUCUGAGUGAUCUUGCUGAAGAGAAUCUGUUACCUGAGGGUGGUCUCUUCCAUGGGUGCCUUGAGUCAGCCCUUAGGUACAGGUCCUGCCCUGAUGAAAGGAGCCCCUUUUUCCUGCCACAUGAAAGCUAAGAGUGCACUUGCUCAUUGCUCUGUGGUACCUGCUUUAAUAAGCUUACUAUGAAUUUUUUCAGCUGGUCUGUGUGAAAGUUAGAAAGUAGCUUUGCUGUUGUCAAGAGCUUGGAGUCAGGUAGGAAAGAUACAAAGUCCUGGAACAAUAGUUGCUGUUGCUUCAGUUCCCAUUAUGGGAUACUGACAAAAAAGGCCUAAGGAUUUAUGGGCUUAUAACUGGAGGAGGGAGUGCCUGCUGGAAAUGCAGAGCUAGUUUUGUGCUUUAUGUAACCAGCCUCCACAUCAAGGUAUCAUGAGAGAUCAUCAGGUUUUGGCAAGCUUUGGAGCUCCUUACUUAUCCCAUAGUUAACUGCAAAAAGCACUCAUUGUGAAGGUUUUGUCUUUAGUCCUGGGCUUUGGUGUCUGUUGUAGCUGGUGUUCUGGUGGCAGUGGCUGUUUCCCAGCCAUGUGUGGGGAAUUAACAUUGUAAGUUGCAGUCCACAGAUGUUGCCUGAAGGCUAAAUGCUUGGAUGGAAUUCCUCCUAGGUUUAGAUGUAUACUUUUUGCUUCCCAUGAGAAUCUUGGGCUCCUGAGACUCAAAAUCCUUGAAAACUACAAUACAGGUUUUAUUAAGCACCCACAUUCAAUGAGAACUGUUGCCCUUUAGGGCAAUGGAAAACAUUUCUUUAAACAAACACUUCUCUUCUUCCCUCUGCUCUCCCCCAGCUCCCCUGCCCUCCCCUGCUGACUUUAAAGCUUUGGUUCUUUUUCUUUGAUAAUACUUGUAGCAAAAUGCGUGUUUCCUGUGUCUUAACUCUCUCUGUGUUUUCUUUAGUCAGUCUUCAAAGACAGAGUGAAGGAUGUGACUGAGUGAAACUUCUGUGGCUGCAGCCAGCAGGGUUUUGCAGAAAAGUUGGUUUUUCUGGUUUUGGCUGAGAUGUCUGUUUCCAGGGCUGUGGUAACUGAAACCCUGAGCUGGUUGCACAGACAUUUUCAGUUGCAGCUUUGAUAGAGUCACAGAGGAACUGCUGGACAGACAGCUGGUUCAUCCCUCUUCAAAAGUUUUAUGUGUUUCCCUUUUCUGAAGUGAGAGCCAUGGUUUAUUGGAUAUUCUUCUUGGAUGGCAAAGUUGAUGGGAAAAAUCUAGGGGUGUGAGCAAGGGACAAGAAACCUCUGAGUGGGUAUUGCACUUUUAAACAAGUAUUUGCUCUAAGCAAGCAGGUUCUCAAAAUGCUGCUAAAUAAAAAGGAGCAUUUUAAAUUAGCCAAAGUACAACAAGAAAAGAGGUGAUAGGAACAUGUAUUCAAGAGCUGCAGAUUGAAUUGCAUUGAAGCCAGUAAAAAGCUAAUUUUGAAUUAAACCAUAGUUGUUCUUUUGUCACAUUCUAGACACCAUAACAAACCUAGGUAUUUUAAGAUGCUUGUGAAAAAGCUACAGAAAGAGAUCUGAUCUGUCACAGAGACCUUUGGUUGCAGCCCUUCAACUAUAUCUACCAUGAGAUCUCUCAGAUGCCUCCUCUACCAAAGGGCACAUGCUGCUCCUCAGGUCACUGCAGUUUGGAAAAUAAACCUCAACCCCAGGACCAGGGCAGCAGGAUGUGGCCACGGGUGCUGAGGCUGCAGCUGGGGGGGACAAGGAGCUCUUUGGUGGCCACACAGUCUCGUCCUCUGUUAGCUGGGGUACAAAGGCACUGCUUGCCAGCAAUGGGGCAGCUCUCCAUGUUGCAGUUCUCCAGAACUGAUCCCCGUUUGCAGGCAGGACCUGGCAGCAGGUGUUGCCAGUGACCCCCUGAGCAGCUGCACUCACCGAGUGCUGGGGCAGUGUGAAGGUCUUGCUCAUGGAACAGGGCUGGACUUUUCCAGUCCUCCAUUUCGGAGGAGAAUGGGAGGGAAGAAGCUUUUACUUGCAAACAAGUAACAAAGGGGAAAGGGAUUUUAUUAAUUAAUAACUAAGCCUGUUCUUUUUCUAGACUUUUCAAAGGUAUAAUUAACAUAAAUACUGACCUUUGAGGUCUAGUUCUGGUACAGAAAUGCUUAGACAAAGGUUUUUAUCAUAGUGUUCAUGGGGGGAAGUGUGUAGAAAGUGUCCCUGACACUUCCAUAUUAUUUGUAUAUAUUCACAGCAGAAGCACUGGAAGCAGCUGGUGAGCACAGCAGUGUGUGGGCAUGCUGUAAAUCACAGGUGUUUGCUGCUGGAGGGAGACGUGGUGCUUCUUGGAGGUCUUGGGAAUUGUUUUAAUUGGGAUAUAGAAGAUCUGUAAAAGGGAUGUUUGGUGCAACUCACCUCUCCAAAUUGUACAGGUUAAUUUCAUUUAUCAUCCUCUGGUGCUUUAUUGGCCUUGUUGAUUAGGUUAUUUUUUUUAAGGCAGAAGUUUGUUACCUUCCUUACUCUUGUUCUCCUGACUUGUCAGUGAUCAGGCAGCUGGAAGCUGUGCAGAGUUCCUGCUUCUCCAGCUCCAGGGAAACAACAAGUUUGUCCUUCUUCUGGAUUAUGUUACUCAGAAAUGAACUUUGAACAGGUCAUGCAUUUAGGGCAGCAAUGAAAAUAAGAGGUCUGACCGUGCAAAAUAGGAGGUGUGACUGUGCAAAGACAUUAAGUCGCUGACCUUUAAAUGAGGAGUUAUAUACCUUUAGCUGGAGGGGGAGGGAGAGAGGGGAAGAAAGGAAAAAAACCGGCAUUUUGGACAAUCAGAACUAUCUAACAAAAUGUUUUUAGGAAUAAAAGACUUAAGUACAUGGUGCAGAAAGUUGGCUUGAGAUGGAAUUUUUCAUAUUCUGUUUAUUAAAACUUGAGUUGUUGCAUUCAUUAAAGUAUAAAUGCUGAUCUGCACAAAUUGGCUGUGAAAGCUUUUUCAUAAUGGCCACAUGUCUUUAAAGGAAACGGGGAUCCUCUGCUUUCAGUGCAGGUGGGAUUUCUUUGUGUGGAUUCAGGGUGACCUCUCUUGUCCCUGCCUCUGAAACUGCAAUUGCAGCUACUUGAAGGGGAGGCAGCAGCUCAGCUUGUCUUCUGGUGCCUUGGCUUCACAGCUGUUUACUCACCUCUCCUGAAAGAAAGCAAAAUAACAAUAAGAAUAAUAACAAUGACACUAACAGUACUAACAAUAACAACGAUGAUGAUUAUAAUAAUAAUAAUAAAUAACUCUUGCUCCUAAGAGACCUGCUUUGCUUCCAGGGAAAGCUGCUGUACUUUGACACUAAACAGAGCCCUUAUUUUUAGUUCUGAUAUACACAAGGAACACUAAACAGAGCCCUUAUUUUUAGUUCUGAUAUACACAAGGAACUAGCAGGAUGCCAGAGGUGAUGGUGGCACUAAGUACGUGCUUAGAGCUCAGUGGAUGCAGAAAGUUAAUCCUUGUGUGUCUGUGCUGAGACAGUGAAGGUGGCACAGAACAGAGUGUGCUCUUCAGCUGCCAGAAAGCCAGAAGUUGGUGUGAGGUAGAAGCAAGUUCAGGUGUUUCAUUCCUCUCCUUUAGUCUGCAAAAUAUCUGAGUGUCUGAAGCCCAGUGCUGCUGGGUGAGAACCAGACACCCGAGUUCAGGAGCUUGGCCUCCAGGCUGCACUGCAGAACUGUUGUAACUUACUCCCGUGUGGUAGGAUCAGGGGUGGGCUUUCCUUGGCUGUUAGAGAUCAGUGUAAAAUUUCCCUGAAGUUUGUGUUAUGAGAAUGUUUUUUAUGUCUUUAUAGAUCCCUGGAGUUUGCAGGGGAAGCACUCAGACUGCUCAGCCCUACCAUUAAUGGCCAUAUUGCAAAGUUUGUGCAUGGUGGUUUUUUCCCAGUAGUUAGUUUCCAGACUUGCAGUGCAAGUCUCUAAUCAAAAUGCUUCUGCAGCUCCUGUUCUUGGGAAGUGAUCUUCAGACUGGGUCAGGAGCAGCUAAAGAGUUGCACAGUUUUGCUUCCCCAUUCUUUUUGGAAGGUUUUGGGAAUGGGCUGUUUCCAAGUACUGCCCACAUGCAGGUUCCAUCCCAGGCUGUGCAGUCAACAAAUAUUUGAUGUUUAAUUUCUUGUCUGCCUGAUGGAUUGUCAGUCAGGAGGUGUGGUGCCAUUAUACUCAACAUGAAGACCUUACCUGAGGGAUCAGGAAAUAGUACAGAAACCAAAAGACUUUUGUGGAGGCAGUGUAUUUCUUUUUUUUCUCUUUUAAUUGAUCCGUAUCAGGAAUGAAGUAAAGGUCUCUCAGAUUUUUAAAAUCAAGUUAUUUUUUUCAUUUUGCUUUACAGGAGGACAUUAGUGUUUGCUUACCUGUCAGACAUCUCUGUGGGAAAGACAAGAGGGUGUGCAGCUGCUCUGCUUCUAGAGAAGAAGAAAAUGAGCCUGAAAUCUGAACGCAGAGGAAUUCACGUGGAUCAGUCGGAGCUCCUGUGCAAGAAGGGAUGUGGUUACUAUGGCAACCCAGCUUGGCAGGGGUUUUGCUCCAAGUGCUGGAGGGAGGAAUAUCAUAAAGCCAGGCAGAAACAGAUCCAGGAGGACUGGGAGCUGGCGGAGCGGCUUCAGCGUGAGGAGGAAGAAGCAUAUGCCAGUAGUCAGAGCACCCAGGGGGCACAGUCACUGACCUUCUCAAAGUUUGAAGAGAAGAAAACCAAUGAGAAGACACGAAAGGUCACUACUGUGAAGAAGUUCUUCACUGCUUCUUCCAGAACAGGAGCUAAGAAGGUGGCUCAAGAGAAAGUCGCUAAGCAAGGACAGCCCGGGAGGGAGCGAAAUGCUGAUAACAUUCUCAGGGAUUUGAAGGAGAUUUUUACUCCCUCCUGGGAACUGGCUUCCCCUUCUGAAGUGUUGGCUGGCAAGCUGAAAGCAGAGAUCCAGGAAGCCAAGGCUCCCAGCCCUUCCAUUAACAGGCAGGCCAGCAUCGAGACCGACCGCGUGUCCAAGGAGUUCAUAGAGUUUCUCAAGACGUACCAUAAACCUGGACAAGAUAUCUAUAAGCAGUGUAAACUAUUUUUGGACACAAUGAAUCAUAAACCGGAUUUGAGUAUUGAGGAGCAAUCUGAAUGUGCCCAGGACUUCUAUCAAAAUGUAGCAGAGAAGUUACAGACACGUUGGAAAGUGCCCCCUGAGAAAGUGGAGAAAGCAAUGGAUCAGAUUGAAAAGUACAUCAUGACUCGACAGUAUAAAUAUGUCUUUUGCCCUGAAACAACUGAUGAUGAGAAGAAAGAUCUUGCUGUGCAGAAGAGAAUCAGGGCCUUGCACUGGGUAACUCCCCAAAUGCUGUGUGUUCCUGUCAAUGAAGAAAUUCCAGAAGUCUCUGAUCUGGUUGUAAAAGCAAUUACAGAUAUUAUUGAAAUGGAUUCCAAGCGUGUCCCUCGUGACAAAUUAGCAUGCAUCACCAAGUGCAGCAAGCACAUAUUUAAUGCUAUUAAAAUCACAAAAAAUGAGCCAGCCUCUGCUGAUGACUUCCUUCCAACUCUGAUCUACAUUGUCCUGAAGGGCAACCCCCCCCGCCUGCAGUCCAACAUCCAGUACAUCACUCGCUUCUGUAACCCCAGCAGGUUAAUGACAGGAGAAGAUGGCUACUAUUUUACCAACCUGUGCUGUGCUGUGGCCUUCAUUGAAAAACUAGAUGCUCAGUCUCUGAACCUGAGCCAAGAAGAUUUUGAUCGGUUCAUGACUGGUCAGACAUCACCCAAGAAGCAAGAAGCUGAGAGUUUCUCACCUGAUGUGUGCCUGGGUGUGAAGCAAAUGUACAAGAACUUAGACCUCCUGUCUCAGCUGAAUGAGAGACAGGAAAGAAUUGUCAGUGAAGCCAAGAAGCUUGAGAAAGACUUAAUAGAUUGGACUGAUGGGAUUACAAAGGAAGUCCAAGAUAUUGUUGAGAAAUAUCCAUUAGAAAUAAAGCCAAAAGGUCAAGCCUUGGCAGCUAUUGACUCUGAAAAUGUGGAGAAUGACAAGCUGCCCCCACCACUGCAGCCUCAGGUUUAUGCAGGAUAAUUAUCAGUGUUAACUUUGGAAAGCAUCAUUCUCCUCACCUAGUGCUGUCUGCUACUUGGGAAGGGAAGUAAAUUUAAGGCUAAAAUAAAAAUCAGAUGAGCUUGAAUCAGUACAUUUUUAAAGGUACCUUUUUUUUUUUGUUAAGUGUAAUGAAUUGUAUUUAUUUUAGUCAAGUAGAUUUCUAUUAGGCUUUUGUGGGUUUUUUGAACUGAAUUUAAAUUUUCUACACAAACUGGUAUAAUUUUUAAGCAACACUAGUUCAUAGACAUCUUUCCUGAAAGCUUCCUUCUAGGCAUGCACUUGUUUUUAAUGAUUAGUUUAACUUAAACAUUGCAGUUCCAGCAGACAUCUGAGAGGUCCCAGUGCUAGUCUGAAGUUAUUCUGUAGCUGUAAAGAUGAAAUAUAUAUUGUAAAAUGUGUAAUAUUGUAAAUAGAUUUAAAAUCUAAUGUCUCAGCUCUGCAUGACCUCUUAUGUAUGGGUGGGAGUGAUAGAAGAGUGUCCAUCUGAGCACCUUCCAGUUACUCUUUGCAGUCUGAAGGCAGACAAGCUGCUGGUGUCUCAGUGAGCUCGAUGGUCUCACUGGGGAGUUGCAGUCAGAGAGGACAUGGUCAUGAUUGGAAAACUUGAUGCUCAUCUCCAUCUGCUCUGGAAAAAAAAAAAGAAAAAAAGUGCUAUUUAAAAUGUGACAUUUCUUCAUGUCAAGGUUCUCUGCUGUCUCAGUAGCCCUGGUGGCCUCCAAUGGUGCAGGAAGUGCUGGCAGUGGUACCUGGGAGGGGAAUGUGGAGCCAGGGUUCAGGAAGGAGGGAUUUUUACUGAAGUGGUCACAGUGUGGAGCAGACAGGGGAGGGGAGGGGCUGGUGCAGGAGCUGCACCAGGACUGACUUGCUUUUCUGGCAUUGCCUGGUAAUUUCCAUCAGUGCUUUAGGUCUUUAUAGCUUUUUUUGACAAUCCUGGUAGAUAAGUGAGUUCAUAGAAUUAGAGGCUGCUUUUCACAAGCAUGAGCCAUUGCUCUGAGCAGAAAAGUGCACUUUAUGUUCAUCAACCAUCAGUCUUCUGAUCUUUAGGGACUCCCUUCAGCAAGGGGAGUUACCUUGCUAAGGUAUUGGACAUCAAGGCAGAUGUGGCUUCAUGUCCCUCCAAGUCUAAUUGGUGCAUUUCAAGUCAAGAAUAAUAACUAAUUCCCCAAAAAGUAACCUCUUGCAGUAUAACUUUUUUUUAUGCCUGUGAAGCAUUUUAUAUAUAAUUUUAAAUAUCUUCCAGUGAAUCCAGUCUGCCAUGAGGUGUUUGUGUACCUGAGAUAUCUAACAUAAAGCUCAUGAGAUGAGCUGGAACUGCUCUUAAGCAAUGUUGAAUUCUUACCACCAAGGAGGAAGGUACCUACCUCUAGUAUGUUCCACUGCUUUAAAAACACUGCUACUUUAAGUUUGCACUGCAAUAAUUUCAGACCACAACUGUGAUUUGUCCCCUGUCAGCUGUAUUUAGCCUCUCAACUCUGCAUUCCUGGUGGGGAGGAGCAGUUCCCAAAGCUCCCCUGCUGAGGAGGGGCAACAAGCUCAUUGGAUGAUGACAAGAAAUGAGAUUAUUUAGCCUAUCCAUGUGUCACUGCACCCAGGUUGCUUAGGAUCUGACCAGUGCUUGCAGCCAAUAAUACUGCAGAGGCUUUAUUUUCUUUAUAAACACUAGGUGCUAAUUCUGACACCCAGGGACACAGGUUUCCUGAGGGGGUAAGGAGAAAAAAAAAAAACAACAAACUUCCAGCUCUUGUGUAAAUGGCCACGUUUAAAUAAAAGUGUGUACAUUGUGUC